AUGACUAUAACAAGGUUUCUGCAGGCUAAUCUGGGCAACCUGAAUCGUCUUUCGGACCAGCUGCCCAUGAUCUUCGCUAACAUGGCCCUUCUUCAGUGCCAGUCGACGGUGGCCACCCUGGUUGCCUGCCUCCUGGCCAUCUUCAAGGGCUUGGCGUUCAACGAGGACUUCGAGCUGAGCAACGUUGCCUUCCUGGUAGCUGGAGCCCUGGCAGCCAUUAACCUGGCCACUUUGUUGCUCAGCAGCAUCAUGUCUGCGGUGGUGAUCUUGAGCAAGAAGUACGAGAAGAACCCGGAAAACAUCGCGCCAGCCAUCGCCGCCUCCUUCGGCGACCUAACCACUCUCGCUCUGCUCGCCACCAGCGUAGUGCUGCUCCAGGAUCACCGAGCGCUGGGCGGCAACCUGGCGGCCAUCUUCAGCUGCAGCCUGUCCAGCUACCUGUUCCGCGUGAGCCAGCUGGGCGUGCUCCCUGCCGGAGAGCGCACGUGCACGGGCCCCGUCCAGAUGUUCUGGCCCCGGGGCGAGAUGUCCAACGUGGCCAUCGUGCUGCUCGUGGUCGUGCUGCCGGGGCAGACGCUGUUCGCCGUGCUCUCCAAAGUGCUGCGGUUCGGCUACAUAUCCAUGAGCCUCGCCUUUCUGCUCGCCUACCUGGCCGCCUCCCUGGCGCAGGUGGCGGUGCUGCUGUACUUGUGCCGGCUGCUGGUGUACGCCCUGUGGCGCUGCCGCGUCGACCCGGACAACGCGGCCAUCCCCUUCCUGGCCGGCACCGGCGACUUCCUGGGCACGGGCCUGCUCACGCUCGCCUUCUUCGCGCUCGAGGCCCUCGGGGACCCCGGCGCCCACGACGAGGCCGCUUUCGACCGGCCGCCGAUGGACGGCCCCCGCUGGGGCUCCAUGACCAAGACCACCGUCGCGGUCAGGGGGGACAGCAAGAAACCCCGCCUCGGACCCAACGCAACCUUCUCCGGCUCAGGACGUCAACCCUGA